CAACAACCGUCAAAUGUAGACGAGAAAAGACGUGAAAAAAUGACUGCACAACAAAUAAAAAACUAAAUAAAAUAAGAUUUUCCAUUAAUUUAAACUUAAUGAAAGUUAAUCUUACUUUUAUUAGUUAUAAAUUUUCAAUUAGGAGCUGGAGUACAAUUCAAUGCUACAUACUUCCAGGAAGCUUCACAUUGCAGUACAAAACUAACCCAUCUUCAUCUUCAUUCAAUCUACCACGACUAUUCCUCCCAAAUCUUGAAAUCCACCCGAGUAACCAUAGCUGUGGUUUUCCUACACAAAAUAGGACAAAAACCCCUUUAAUUUAAGGGUUUAUUCUUCUAAUUUGAUGCUCUUUGAAGUUGUAUAAGUUUGGAGCUUUCUAAAGUUCAUAUCUUGUUCUUCAGCAGUUGUGGUGAGAUGGAACCAGCUGAUGGAAAAUCAGACCUUGAAUUUGGUGAUGAUGAGGAUAUUCCACUUUCAUCUAAAGGCAGUAGAAAAGGAGGAUUUUCUGUAGACAUUGAAACAUCUUCUCCUAUACAAAGAGAAGUUCCAAAUUCACUGAUAAUAAAGAAGUUGCGAAGAAGUAUAUACAUUGUCUUAAUAAAAGCUAAAAUAAAUGUGCUACUACCAUUUGGCCCUUUGGCAAUAUUGUUGCACUAUGUGACUCAUAAACAUGGAUGGAUAUUCUUUUUCAGCUUAUUGGGCAUUACCCCUUUGGCAGAACGUUUGGGAUAUGCAACAGAACAGCUUGCUUUUUAUACAGGUCCUACAGUUGGAGGUUUGUUAAAUGCAACAUUUGGAAAUGCUACGGAGAUGAUUAUUUCAAUAUAUGCGCUGAAGAUUGGUAUGAUCAGAGUGGUCCAACAAUCUCUACUGGGAUCCAUUUUAUCGAACAUGCUGUUAGUUCUUGGAUGUGCUUUUUUCACUGGUGGGGUUGUUCAUCAUACAAAAGUUCAGAAAUUUGACCAGUCUGCUGCCUUGAUGAACUCGGGUUUGUUGUUAAUGGCUGUGAUGGGUAUAACCUUUCCUGCUGUGCUCCAUUUUACACACACUGAGGUCCAUUUUGGCAAAUCAGAGCUCUCUCUUUCAAGAUUUAGUAGCUGCAUCAUGCUGGUGGCGUAUGCAAGUUACCUGUUCUUUCAGCUAAAAAAGCAACAACAUCUUUAUGAUCCUAUUAAUGGGGAAACGGCCAAUGUUACAGAAGAGCCUGAUGAUGAGGAAACUCCCGAGAUAACUUACUGGGAAUCAAUUUCCUGGCUUGCGAUUUUGACCUUAUGGGUAUCAGUAUUAUCUGGAUAUCUCGUGGAUGCUAUACAGGGUGCAUCUGACACGUGGAAUAUGCCUGUUGCUUUCAUCAGUGUGAUUCUACUUCCAAUCGUGGGGAAUGCUGCCGAGCAUGCUAGUGCUAUCAUGUUUGCCGUAAAAGAUAAGCUUGAUAUCACCCUUGGAGUGGCAAUUGGCUCAUGUACACAAAUAUCAAUGUUUGUGAUUCCCUUUUGUGUGGUAGUCGGUUGGAUGAUGGGCAAGCCCAUGGAUCUGAACUUUCAACUUUUUGAGACUGCUACUCUUUUUGUGACAGUUUUAGUGGUUGCAUUUAUGCUUCAGGAAGGAACAUCAAAUUAUUUCAAAGGUGUGAUGCUUGUGCUGUGCUACCUGAUUGUCGCGGCCAGCUUUUUUGUACAUAAUGAUGCUAUGCAAGAUGACAACUGAACUACUAAUCACCGAUCAUCCCACGAAGAACGCGUCACAUUUCCAAGGAACAAAGAUGUCGCAUUCAAUCGAGAUCUGUAUCAUUAUUUCAUUUAUACAAGCAUCAUCAUCAAUCCUGGAUGCGAGUGGUUUGAGGUCGGUCCUAGUCACUCGGAGCUAUGGCAUUAACGAUUCUGUUGCUGUGUAUGGGGUGAAAAGAUGCACGUUUUUGUUACGUAUCGUUCUCUUUGCAUUUACAAGAAUGUCAAUAACAAGCUUUUCGCUUAUUGACACGGCUUUUACUAGCGAAACUAAAGGUUAUUUUUCUGGUUAUCGAUUAAUCAUUGAGGAAAAGUACUACUAUUUAAGUAUUAAGACAUUUUAUUUUAGUUUUGUAUUCAUUUUUUGAUAAUAUAAAGCCCAAAAGGUCAAUGUUGUAGAUUUACUUCUAAAUAAUACUAGUUUUCACCUAUGCAAGUAUGCAACCUAUGCCUUGUUUA